AUGUCGUCAAGUUCGAACGCAUCUCAUUCCAUAGAAGAAUCUAGGGAUUUUGCAGCUAUGAACUUUGAUGGUAGAAUUUUGUAUAGCAAGACUGCUAGUGAAGUUGAUAAGCGAACAAUGCAGCAUCUGCAAGUUCUUGAAACCAAGAGAGAUGAUUCUGGAAAAGCUAUUGUUGGGUUUGAUAUUGAGUGGAGACCAAGUUUUAGAAAAGGUGUUCUCCCAAAUAAGGUUGCAGUUAUCCACAUAUGUGUAGACAAUGAUUAUUGUGAUGUUAUGCACAUUAUUCAUUCUGGUAUCCCUCAGAGACUCAAACAUCUUAUCGAGGAUUCAACACUCAUAAAGGUAGGUAUUGGAAUUGAGGGCGACUCUGUGAAGCUUUUCCAUGACCAUGGAGUAUCUAUCCAUCAAAGGUGUCGAGGAUCUUUCAGGUUUAGCCAACCGAAAACUUGGAGAUUUCAAACAAUGGGGUCUUGCCUCGCUAACUAA